GUGCCUCUAAGUUCACUCUUUGGGUUUGGACGGGUAAGCAUGUUUCUCGCACUACAAAAAAUCUGAUUUUUUUUUUUUAAGACAGAGUCUUGCUGUGUCGCCAGGCUGGAGUGCAGUGAUGCCAUCUCGGCUCACUGUAACCUCCACCUCUCAGGUUCAAACAAUUCUCCUGCCUCAACCUCCUGAGUAGCUGGGACUACAGGCGCACGCCACCACAGCCAGCUACUUUUUGUAUUUUUAGUAGCGACAGGGUUUCACCAUGUUGGCCAGUAUGGUCUUGAUCUCUUGACCUCAUGUUCUGCCCGCCCUGGCCUCUCAAAGUGCUGGGAUUACAGGCAUGAGCGACCGCACCCAGCCAACUUUGAUAUUUUUUAAAAGCUCCCAGAUAACUCAUAUGUAUUAGCCAGGGUUGGGAACUAAUAGAUCACACUAAAUGGCUUUAUUUAAGCAAAGAGUACAGACCCAAAACAUCUCCCAAACUAUUCCUAUGCCGGAGAAAAACUGAACCCAUAAUGGGGAGAGGGAAGAUUCUAUUAUAAUAAAAACUAAAAAAUAACUUAGGUUAAAAGUUUUCUUACUUUAAAAGUAAUAAUUUUAACUUUGUAUUUUAAUGUAUAAAUUCCUCUGUUUUAGCUUUGAUCAUUGUUUCAGCUACACUUGAACUGGAGAGAAAUCAGAAAUAAAGGUGUAAGAUGAUAGCUUGAAUAUGUUUUUAUGAUAGAGUAGAAAACCCUAAAAACUGCUGACAUUUGACAUUCUAUGAUCAAGGAACGAAGUCUGGACGCUUGGUUCCAAACUGAUGGAUUGCCUUCACAGAUCCAAUUCUCGACAAAUUCUAGAACAGUUCUAGAACUGAACUGAAAGAAUCAUCACAAAGAGACUGAAACUGACCAAUUCCAUAACAACAUUUUCCCCUGAAGUCUUAAGUUUUUCUCAUGGGGAAUAUAACCAGGAAAGGAAGCAGAGACCUGGUGGUUGACAGUGCCAAGUCCCUGGAAGAUGGCCCAUCUGCAGCACUUCACUCAAAACUCUAUGAAGCCAUCAUGAGAGAAGACUGCACUACGAUCGAGGUACUCCUGAGAAAUCACCCUGUCAACCAGCCCAUCACCAUUCUGCCCAACUCCACCAGCAACAGAUUACUUCUGACCCAGCCGACAGAGUCUAUCAUCCCCAUCCAUCUUGCUGCCAAGUACCACAAGGCCCAGAGUCUGCUCUGCCUGUUACGGCACGGCGCUGACCCAGAAGUCAGGGACACGACAGGCCUCACCACACUCAACUUAAUGCUACUGCACUGGCCAGUCACUUCCACCACGUGGGCAAAACCAGGCAACAGAACGCACAGGAUCCUGACAGACAUUCAGAAUAGCAGCAUCACAUGUCUCCGCAUCUUGUGUGCGCACGGAGCUCAAGUUAACGCUCAAGGGGAAAUCAGCAACAAACGUUCACCACUCCACCUGGCCAUAGCAUAUGGUUGCUAUCCAGUUCUCUCCAUUUUGACCCAAAAUGGUGCCGAUGUCAAUGCUAUUAAUGAAGCCAGCAUGACACCCCUUCACAUGGCCGCAAACAUGCUGAAUAAGGAGAUGAUGGAAACGCUCAUUGCCUAUGGAGCAAACGUCAACUGUGCUGUCUCUUCCACGGGGAACACGCCCCUGAAGCUUGCAGUGUGCACUGCAUCAAGCAAAGCAGGCCGACUCCUCGGGGCGGGGGUCAGCUGCAUCCGUCUGCUGCUCACUCACGGAGCCAAAGUCAACGCCCAGGACUACAAGGGCCAAACAGCCAUCCAUGAGGCAUGCUUUGGAGGCAGAGAGGCAAUCAUCAAUCUCCUGCUUGAAUUUGAAGCAAAUGUUAACAUUUUAACAAGAAACGGGGAAUCUCCAAUUUAUAUGUACCUUCAGCGCAGUUUCAAUGUAAGAGAUACGGCACUUCUGGCCAAGCUACUUUAUCACACUUAUCCUCUGAGAAUGACCAAUAACCGAGGAAUUCUACCUGCAGGAAUCAUGCUACCAGAAUUCCGCCUCUUAAGGGACACCCUAAUAAAGCAAUCGCAAAAACCUUUAUCCCUACAGGGUAUCUGCAAAAGAAACAUCAGGAAUAUUUAUGGUGAGAAAUACAAACAGCACUUGAAGCAAUUCCUCCCAGUGACAAUAUGGAAUUCUGUCUACUGCUGUUAUGACUUGGCAUAUACCUCUUGAAAGAAGACCUCCCAGUUUCACAGCAGAGGGACUUUCAGCCACUCAAACUGCAUUUUCUGGCUAGACAUGUCCCAGAAAAUGCUUCACCUAUCACCUGUGACAUCCCAAAUGUACAAACUACUGAUUCUUGAACAUGUUCCAAAAUACAAAGUGAUUUGCCUAUUAA